CCAGUCGGACGUAUUAGCCGACGUACCACCAAUGUCAACUCUAGCACAUAUAUCGUUGAUAUAUGUGACCUCCUGAAUAUUUCUAACAUUUAGGUAAUCUGCUCUAUUUUGUGUAUAAACAGUGGUUUAGGUAGAUUAUAUUCUAAACGUUUCUUUGCUUUUUGAGUUUUAUUUUGUCUGACGCGGGCUAUCGUAGGCGAAGCUAUCCGACAAAAUGCGCCUCACGUUGCAAAUGUUGAUCUCCCACGGCCGGAUGGCCCGGAGGAUGGGUUUGGGCCCGCGGUCCAGGAUCGACAUGCUGCGCAACAUUUUGACAGGACUGGUCCGACACGAGAGGAUAGAAACCACGCUGGCCCGAGCAGAUGAAGUCCGCUUCUACGCCGAAAAGCUGGUAGACUAUGCCAAAAAGGGAGACACUGAUGAGAAGGCGAUGAAAAUGGCCAGUUUUUGGCUGACGGAGAAGGAUCUGGUCCCAAAGCUCUUCAAGGUCCUGGCUCCACGGUUUGAGAACCACUCAAACAGCUACACACGGCUGGCACGCAUCCCCAACAGACAGAACCUGGACAGAGCUAAGAUGGCUGUUCUGGAGUACAAAGGCAACCCUUUCCCACCCCUUUAUCCUGCAAAAAAGGAAAAUGAACUGACUCUUAUCAACCAGCUCCUCAAAGGCUACAGAGAGGACAGGGCACAACAGUUAGACACAAAGCCGUAGUUGCCACCAUGGAGAUGGAUCAAAGAUUGCCGAAGGGUGAUUGUGGGGUACUGAAAUGCUCCUGAAGAGCCACUUGCAUAUUCUGCAGACUGUGGCUUAAAGACACUGAUGCAGUUCUUUACCAAAAGAAGCCACAGCUCUGUAAAGUAUUUCUGAUUGUGUAUUAAUAAAUAUUAUUUCUUAAGAUAA